GUUAAAAGUCCCGACACAACCCUGAUCUUUCCCCCCCGCAUAUCAAGCAGAGACAUUCAAUACAGAGACACUUUCUCAAGUACACAAUCUCACUGUCUUAUUCACCACCAUCCCAUUCUUGAUUUACGAAAAGUCCAAUACGAGCAAUGCCGCCCACCAUCAAGCUCGCGGAAUACCUCUUCCGUCGCUUGAGCCAGCUCGGCAUCAACUCAAUCCAUGGCGUUCCAGGAGACUUCAAUCUCACUCUCCUCGACUAUGUCGAACCCGCUGGACUGCUCUGGGUCGGCAAUGCCAAUGAGCUGAACGCAGCGUACGCCGCCGAUGGCUAUGCCCGGAUCAAGGGCGCCGGCGCUCUCAUCACGACCUUUGGAGUGGGCGAGCUUUCUGCCAUCAACGCCAUUGCGGGAGCAUAUGCAGAGCGCGCACCCGUUGUGCACAUCGUUGGCACCCCGGCGCGAAGUUCCCAAGACUCGCGAAUGUUGCAGCACCAUACGUUCAACGAUGGUGAAUACCGGCGCUUUGCCCAGAUGCACGCCCAGGUUACAGUGGCGCAAACCCGCCUUUGGGAUGCUGCACAAAGCCCUGAGCAAAUCGACUCGGUCUUGCAACAAUGUUUGCUGCACAGCCGGCCGGUAUAUAUCGAGGUCCCUGUGGACUUGGUCGACGCGCUUGUGUCCACCGAGAGACUCAGCACUGAGAUUCGCGUUCCGAUCCAUGAACCGACCCCAACUGAGGACGCAGUGUUGGCUAAGAUCCUCGAUAAAGUGUAUGCCGCGGAACGCCCUAUUAUCUUUGUUGAUGGCGAGAUCAGAGCGCUCGGGAUAAUCGACGAGGUUCAAAGUUUCGUCAAGUCGAGCAAGUGGCCAACUUGGACAACACCAUUUGGAAAAAGCCUUGUGAACGAGACGCUAUCAAAUUUCCAUGGAAUAUACCGAGGGAAAUAUGAUGCUCUCGAGGUACAAAGCUUUAUCAAUGAUGCGGAUCUUGUCCUCUCCUUCGGUCCCCAUCUCAGCUCGACCAACACUUUUGCAUUCUCGAGCAUUCCAAACCCCCAAGUCACUAUUUCAUUCACCGACACGGAAGUCAACUUUCAGUCUGAGGUCAUCCGGGACAUGUGUGCCAGAACAAUGGUGCCUCGACUUCUGCAGAGUCUGGAUUUCUCCAAAGUCAAAUCCUACGACAACUACCCCAAGCUUCCUCGCGACUACCUAGUCUCUUUCUCAGAUGUUCCCGGCACUGGUCCCAUCACUCAAGAUCGGGUUUGGCGCAUCAUGGCCAACUUCAUGCGCCCGGGCGACAUCGUUCUCGGAGAAACCGGCACCGCAGGCUACGGAUGUCGAGAGAUGCUUCUACCACCGCACACUCGGCUCUUCACCCCUGUUACCUGGCUGUCCAUCGGAUACAUGCUCCCCGCAGCUCAAGGUGCAGCUCUUGCGCAGAGGGAACUCAUUGCCGCUUCAAAAUACCACGGUAUCAAGGAUGCUCGCACAAUCCUGCUCAUUGGCGACGGAAGUUUCCAAAUGACAGCUCAGGAACUAUCCACCAUUAUCCACAACAAUCUCAAUGUGGUAGUCUUUCUCAUCAACAACGACGGCUAUACGAUUGAGCGUUGUAUCCAUGGGGCGACGCAAAGGUACAACGAUGUUGCAAGCUGGAGAUAUUUGGAAGCACCCAGUUUCUUUGGAGCCAAGGAAGACGCGUUUACAGGCUCCGCACGAACAUGGGCUGAGUUGGAAAAGGUGUUGGGUAAUGAGAAGCUUACCGAUGGUAGCGGGUUGAGGAUGGUAGAAGUUGCAAUGGAUCGGGAGGAUGCGCCCGAAGGGCCACUAUCGCAAUACCUUCAAGCACAGAAGAUGAAGAAAAAUUAGUAGCGUUUUAGGCAUUAGAAGAAUUCAGC